GUCAACCGAUGUUUUGGAGGCAUCUGUACAUCGAAAACGUAAAUUUGACCCUUCACUGCAAGGAAGAAAAGCUGAUUUUUCCAUAUAUAUACCUAUUAGAGGUAAUAAAUUCUACCUGCUUAUUUCGGAAGUAAAGUCCGCCGGUUAUAUUUUAUCAAAUAAAAAUAAAAAUUCUUUGGAAGACUGUGAUCUCGUUAAAUUGGGCAACGAGAUGAAAGAUAUUUUGGAUAAAUGUAUCGAUGAUGGAGUCGGAGAUAGAAAUUUGACCAUUUGCGGUUUAUUGGUAGAAGGCAAGUUAUUUACAUUGAUAUUUCUAAAAUGGCAUCAAGGUCGAUAA